GAGAAAAGGGAGGGAAAGGAAGAAGGAGAGGGAGUAACCUAAUACACAGGAGGCCGUACUUUCACCGUGAGUUUAGAGGACACUGGAUUACACGCCAGUAAGAAGGGAAACAAAAGAUUUGAGGGCCGUGUUGUGGGUAAAGUGAAGUCUCACCAGGAUCUUCGCAGGGCUUCACUCCUGUUUCCUCUGGAGACUUUUAUAAAGCUCUCCUCUGUGAGAAAAGCCGGUGUUUUGCCAGUUUGUGAUCUCCACAUAGUUUCUUCCGGGUAAAAGACGAAUCGAGAUGCCCACCUUCACCGUGGUGCCAGUGGAGGAUGUGGAAGAUGGCAGCAACAGUGGAGCUGCAGCUGGAGGGAGCAGACCUAUCAGUUUGGGCAAAAUGUUUUCAGAGGAGCCGGAGGCAGACAAAUCACAAGAACCAGGCGAUGACAAUCAGAGGGAGACCACUGCAUUCCUCAACUCAGACAAUGACACAGAGAGCUACUAUGAGGGCAAGACCAUGGCCUUGUUUGAGGAAGAAAUGGAUAGUACCCCAAUGGUGUCAUCACUUCUCAACAAGCUGGCUAAUUACACCAACCUAACCCAAGGUGUUCGUGAGCACGAGGAAGCCGAGGAUGGAGUCAGGAGGGCUGCAGUUAUGGUCACCCAAAUGGGAACGUUCAUUGGGGUCUACCUGCCCUGCAUGCAGAACAUUCUGGGUGUGAUUCUCUUCCUGCGUCUCACCUGGAUUGUCGGCACAGCAGGAAUCCUCGGCUCUUUAGCCAUUGUCUUCAUGUGCUGCAUCUGUACAUUGCUCACAGCUAUAUCAAUGAGCGCCAUUGCAACAAAUGGAGUUGUCCCAGCUGGUGGCUCUUACUACAUGAUCUCCAGAUCCUUGGGUCCAGAGUUUGGAGGUGCUGUGGGACUUUGUCUGUACCUGGGAACCACCUUUGCUGGGUCCUUGUACAUACUCGGCACCAUAGAGAUUCUUUUGAUCUACAUCGUUCCAACAGCAACAGUGUUAAAAGAGGACAAUAGUGAAACAAUGAAGAACAACAUGCGCAUCUAUGGCACCUGCUGCCUGCUCCUGAUGGCACUGGUUGUGUUUGUAGGGGUGAAGUAUGUGAACAAGCUAGCUCUGGUGUUUCUGUCCUGUGUGGUUCUCUCCAUCAUGGCCACUUAUGCAGGAGUCAUCAAGAACCUCAUCGUUCCCUCAUCAGACUUUAGUGUCUGCCUGUUGGGGAAUCGCUCUCUGAAGAAUGAAAUGUUUAAAGAAUGUGCAAAAACAGACGUUGAGCUCUGGAAGCUUUUUUGUGACAGUCACCAUGCCAAUGCAUCUUGCGAUGAGGACUUUAAGUCCAACAACUUGACAGAGAUCCCGGCCAUACCGGGGCUCCAGAUCGAAGUCCUCAAAGAAAACUUGUGGGGCACUUACGGUCCAGCUCAUAUGGUGAUAGAGAAGAAAAACUGGACUCAUGAACCAGCCAAGGUCAACGAAGACAAACUUAAGAACUAUGUCUUCAAUGAUUUUGCCACCUACUUCACUCUGCUGGUGGGAAUAUACUUCCCCUCUGUCACAGGCAUAAUGGCUGGUUCUAACAGGUCAGGUGACCUCAGAGAUGCCCAGAGAUCCAUCCCAAUAGGAACCAUCCUGGCUAUUCUCACCACAUCCUUCAUCUAUAUCUCCUUUGUGGUCUUGUUUGGAGCCUUUAUUGAAGGAGUGGUGCUCAGAGAUAAGUUUGGUUUGUCAUUAAAGAAGAUCCCUGUAAUCAGCAUUCUGGCCUGGCCGUCACCUUGGGUGAUUGUGAUUGGCUCGUUUUUUUCUUGCUCUGGGGCAGGACUGCAAAGCCUCACCGGUGCCCCGCGGCUGUUGCAGGCCAUCGCUCGUGAUAGCAUCAUCCCUUUCUUACAGGUCUUUGGUCACGGGAAGGCUAACGGGGAGCCUACCUGGGCUCUGCUUCUGACUGUUGUAAUCUGCGAAAUAGGAGUCCUUAUUGCUUCUCUGGAUGCUGUGGCCCCCAUCCUCUCCAUGUUUUUCCUCAUGUGCUAUCUGUUUGUCAACCUGGCUUGUGCUGUUCAGACUUUGCUCUGCACCCCGAAUUGGAGGCCUCGCUUUAAGUUCUAUCACUGGUCCCUGUCCUUCAUAGGGAUGAGUCUCUGUCUCUCCCUCAUGUUUGUCUGCUCGUGGUACUACGCUCUGGUUGUCAUAGUGAUAGCAGGCUGUAUCUACAAAUACAUUGAAUACAAAGGAGCUGUGAAGGAAUGGGGAGAUGGAAUCAGAGGCCUGUCUUUGAAUGCAGCACGCUACGCUCUCAUCCGGCUAGAGGAAGUACCGCUGCACACCAAAAACUGGAGGCCUCAGCUGCUGGUGUUGUGCAAGCUGAACUCAGACCUGGAGGUGAAGCAUCCUCGUCUCCUGUCCUUCACCACGCAGCUCAAAGCAGGGAAGGGACUGACCAUCGUCUGCUCUGUCCUGGAGGGAACAUACAUGACCCGGGGGGAUGACGCCAAGAAAGGAGAGCAGAACUUAAAAAAAGUCAUGGCCGCAGAGAAGACAAAGGCUUUCUGCCACGUCGUGGUGUCGUCCAGCCUGCGGGAUGGUUUCUCCGUACUCAUCCAGUCCGCUGGGCUGGGAGGAAUGAAACACAACGCUGUCCUGAUGGCCUGGCCAGCAGACUGGAAACAGACCCAGGACUCCUCCGCCAGGAAGAACUUCAUAGAAACAGUGAGAGAGACGACUUCAGCGCAUCAGGCUCUGCUUGUAGCUAAGAACAUCGACCACUUCCCCGGCAACCAGGAGCGUCUGAAGGAGGGAAAUAUUGAUGUGUGGUGGAUCGUACAUGAUGGUGGACUGCUCAUGCUUCUGCCUUUCUUACUUAGUCAGCACAAGGUAUGGAGGAAGUGCAAAAUGCGAAUCUUCACUGUGGCACAGAUGGAUGACAAUUCCAUUCAGAUGAAGAAAGAUCUCCAGAUGUUUCUGUACCAUCUGCGUCUGGAUGCAGUGGUGGAGGUAGUGGAGAUGCAUGCAAGUGAUAUCUCAGCAUUCACCUAUGAGAAGACACUGGUGAUGGAGCAGAGAUCUCAAAUGCUAAAACAGAUGCAGCUGUCCCGCACUGAGAGGGAGAGAGAGAUCCAGAGCAUCACAGAUGUAUCGCGUGGCUCCAUAAAGAGGAAGAACUGUUCGGGCGACGACGCCCCGCACCCCCACUCUCGGUGCAUUCCAGAGGAUAAGGCACAGCUGAUUCACGACCGGAACACGGCAUCUCAUUCUGCAGCGAAUGACAAGGCUGCUGGCUCCACGGCCGAUCGCGUCCAUAUGACCUGGACCAAAGACAAACUGCUGAAUGAGAGGAACAAACACAAAGAAACCAUGGCAGUAAAAGACAUGUUCAAUAUGAAACCUGAAUGGGAGAAUCUCAGCCAGUCGAACGUGCGGAGGAUGCACACAGCUGUGAAGCUGAACGAGGUGGUGGUCAAGAAAUCCCGUGAUUCGCAGCUCGUCCUGCUCAACAUGCCGGGCCCACCAAAGAACAAGAAAGGGGACGAGAACUAUAUGCAGUUCCUGGAAGUUUUAAUGGAAGGUCUAGACCGCGUCCUGUUGGUUCGUGGAGGAGGUCGGGAGGUCAUUACGAUCUACUCGUAGUACGAAGAGGUUCCUGUUUGUUUGGACAGCACAGGAAGGAACCAUGGCUGGACAAUGCUAACAGUUGGGGAACACAGUGGCUUUAAGGUGGGACAGUGACAACACCGUCCCCCCAUGUUUCAGGGAAAAAUAAAGAGAGCGCCGCUUAAUAAUUUUGGACAACAAGGGACCUACAGCUUCAGCUCAGUGCAUAGUGUAGGGGUGUAGAGGACUCGCUUCAGACAGUCCACCUGGGGCUCCAGCACUCAUUAACACCUCCAGAUGAACGAACAUGAACUUCAGCUUGUUUUUGUAGCCUUUAGCGAGGUCAUCGGUUUCACUGAGACAUGCGGACAUAGUGGACACCAUCUUUAUUUCACAGAAAACACUAAAGGUCACAGCAAGGACUUUUUUUUUAGGGCUGCUUCUGAAUUAUACCUCGCAGUAACUAUAAAACAUUCAGUAAUAUUUCCUGUGUGAUCUUUAUUAUUUAUUUCUUUGCCAGUUAUGAAACGUGGUCAUAACAACAUUUUGACUUUGAGAUGAUGAUAUGAGUUGAACAUGUUUUUAAAGCCGCAGUAUUUUGAAAGAAUAUCAAGUUUGACAUAAUGCGUUGAUGACUAUGAACAGCUGUGUCAGUGCUGCUUGUGAUGGGCGGGUUAGAUACACCAGGCCAUCACUGCUUUUAUCGUCACAGGUAAUAAUAACGUGCUGGUUUCAGCAUUUAAGGACAUUUUAGUUUUUGAUGUGUUUGACUGAAUUUUUUUGUGUGUUUUCGUAAUAUUAGUAUGUGAGCUCAUUUCAUAGAAAGAUAGUGGUAAGUGAUACAAUGUGGAGCCUAUGGAGUAGUUUUUUUCAUAUUAUUUCUGUAGGACUGGUUUGUCUCUUUUUAACAUGUUAUU